CAACAUUAAUAUUGUGGCGCCUCUCUUGUGGCAUGCGUUCUGAGAAAGUUCCGUUUGCGUUACGAUUUGGAAAUAAUAUAUCCAGCUCAUAAAAAUAUCAACGAUAUUAAUAUAAACAAUUUCCGGAAUUUUACCUCUCCCUCUCUCCACCGGUCCCGCGUUCGCGCCUCUGCCGUCGCGUUCGUGUGUGUGCGAGUGAGUGUCGCGUACCGCACACAGUGUGUGCAUGUGUGAAACAGUUAAAACAAUUACAACAAAAUUGAUCCACACGCAACAACAAAAUCCACAUUAACAGAAAAAACUGUAAUUUUUUCAACAUUUUUUUUCCUGUGGAGCCAAAAAUUUGACUAAACGUUGUGCUAGCGAACAAAAAAACAAGGAAAACAAGUGGAAGGGACACCGAAGAAGAACAAGAAGGAAGAAAGAACAACAAAAUGGGAGAACCUCUGCGGACGCCGUCUCUGCCCCUUGUCUGGGCAACGCUGCUGCUGUGCAGCUGCUCGCUAAUAGAGCUGAGCCACGCGGAUCUGGUGCCCAGUCUAGAGAUCCUUCCGAUGCAGGAGGUCCAGCGCAAGCCGGUGGGCAAGUCCCUGAUCCUCACCUGCCGACCGACAGUGCCGGAGCCAGCCCUGGUAGCCGAUCUGCAGUGGAAGGACAACAUGAACAACACCAUUCUGCCCAAGCCGCCCAAUUAUGAUCCACUGUACGAUUCCAAGGGGAAUAGAAGGAAAGCAACGGGACGGAACCAGCCACCGAUGUACACGGAGACGCUGCCCGGCGAGAGCCUCGCUUUGAUGAUUUCCUCGCUGACGGUGGAGAUGGGCGGCAAGUACUACUGCACUGCGUCCUAUGCAAAUACAGAAAUUCUCGAGACGAGCGUCACAAUUACAACUUAUGUUGCCAUUACCUGGACAAAUGCCCCAGAAAAUCAGUAUCCGACAUUGGGCCAAGAUUACGUGGUCAUGUGCGAGGUGAAGGCUGAUCCCAAUCCGACUAUUGACUGGCUACGCAACGGAGAUCCGAUCCGCACUGGCGACAAAUAUGUGGUGCAGACCCAUGGCCUGCUCAUCCAUGAUGUUCAGGAGACGGACGAGGGUAUCUACACGUGCCGGGCGGCUGUCAUCGAUACGGGAGAGCUGUUGGAGCGUACCAUUCGCGUGGAGGUCUUCAUCCAGCCGGUAAUUGUCCACCUGCCGCCAACCCUGGAGGCCAUCGAGGGAAAACCCUUUGCUGCCAAUUGCACAGCGACCGGGAAGCCAGUGCCCGAGAUCAGCUGGAUCCGGGAUGCCACACAGCUAAAUGUUGCCACCGCCGAUCGCUUCCAAGUCAACCCACAGACGGGCCUGGUCACAAUCAAUUCGGUGCGGGAGGACGACUACGGAACCUACACCUGUCUGGCCAAGAACAAGGCUGGCGUUGUGGAUCAGAAGACCAAGCUGAAUGUGCUGGUGCGCCCUGCCAUCUACGAGCUGUACAACGUGACUGGCGGCAGGACCAAGGAGAUUGCCAUUACCUGUCGGGCCAAGGGACGUCCCGCACCGGCCAUUACCUUCCGCCGUUGGGGCACCCAGGAGGAGUACUCGCCCGGCGUUCAGGUCGACGAUGAGCGGAUUGUUUUGGAGCGAUACUUUGACGAGGAUCGCGGCGAGAGCUCUGGCACCUUGCGCAUCGCCAACGCGGAGAGGACGGACGACGGCCUGUAUCAGUGCAUUGCAAGGAACAAGGGCGCCGAUGCCUAUAAGACGGGACACAUCACGGUAGAGUUUGGGCCGGACUUUAGCCAGAUGAAGGACCUGCCGCCGGUGUUCACGUGGGACCAGCGCAAGGCGAACCUCAGCUGCCUGGCCAUGGGCAUCCCGAACGCCACCAUCGAAUGGCACUGGAAUGGCCGCAAGAUCAAGGAGCUGUACGACACGAACCUCAAGAUCGUAGGCACCGGACCCCGCAGCGACCUUAUCGUCCAUCCCGUGACCCGACAGUACUACUCCGCCUACAAGUGCAUUGCGACCAAUAUUCACGGCACCGCCGAGCACGACAUGCAGCUGAAGGAGGCCCGCGUGCCGGAGUUCGUAUCGGCGGCAGUGCCGCGCCAGUUGACGGCCACCACCAUAACCUUUGACAUCCGUGGCCCCCCCACCGAACUGGGUCUGCCCAUCCUGGCCUUCAGCGUGCAGUACAAGGAGGCCCUCAAUCCCGACUGGUCCACGGCAUACAACCGCAGCUGGUCCCCCGAUUCCCCGUACAUUGUCGAGGGUCUGCGUCCCCAGACCGAGUACAGCUUCCGUUUCGCGGCCAGGAACCAGGUGGGUCUCGGCAACUGGGGCGUCAACCAGAAGCAGUCCACGCCCCGUCGCUCAGCACCUGAGGAACCCAAGCCCCUGCACAAUCCCGUCCAGCACGACAAGGAGGAGCCCGUCGUCGUCUCGCCCUACUCGGAUCACUUUGAGCUGCGCUGGGGAGUGCCCGCCGACAAUGGGGAGCCGAUCGAUCGCUACCAGAUCAAGUACUGUCCGGGCAUGAAGAUCAGUGGAGCUUGGACCGAGCUGGAGAACAGCUGCAAUACGGUGAACGUUGUCGAGACCACAUCGUAUGAGAUGACUGACCUCAAUGGCAACACGUACUACCGCAUCGAGCUGAAGGCGCACAAUGCCAUCGGCUACUCGUCGCCGGCAUCGAUCAUCAUGAAGACGACACGAGGUAUCGAUGUGAUCCAAGUGGCCGAACGCCAGGUGCUCUCCUCAGCGGCCAUUGUGGGCAUUGCCGUGGGCGGUGUCUUGCUGCUGCUCUUAAUUGUGGACCUACUCUGCUGCAUAACCGUGCACAUGGGGGUGAUGGCGGCCAUGUGCCGUAAGGCGAAGCGGUCGCCCUCGGAGAUCGAUGACGAGGCCAAGCUGGGAAGAGAUGAAAAGGAACCGCUGCGCACACCCACAGGCAGCAUCAAACAGAACUCCACCAUCGAGUUCGAUGGCCGUUUCGUGCACUCGCGAAGCGGGGAGAUCAUUGGCAAAAACUCGGCGGUGUAAGUGGGCCGAAGAGGAGAGCCCUCGAACAUCUCGCAGCGUGCACAAACGAUAGUGGAGUAUAAAUGAAUGUCGUCUAAAACGAGAACAAGCCAAAGCCACAGCUGGGGGACAACAAACGGGAAUAUCGAUACAACAUCGAUGAUGAUGAUUGAUUGAUUGAUUGAUUGGAAAACUGAGUUGGUUUUACUUUACUUUCGUACACAGCGUAACUCUUACUAAAUGUCUUACUAUAAUACAAUACGAUAUCCAAUGCUACACAUCUACAUCUACACAUACACAUACACACAUAGCACUCUAAGCUCGACAAAAAACAAUGGGAUUACAGGGAUAUCCCAAUACCCCCAUUCACGUGUCCCCGUGUUGCUUCAUUUUCUAGUUCGUAUUUAUUUGUAUUCGCUGCAUUUUGUAUUGCUUUGUUUCUCCCCAGCCCCUGGCCCAUCCCCAGCCACACAGUAGAAAAAGUAAGAAAGAAAACCCAAAAUUAAACAAAACAAAAAGAUAAUGAAAACCUAGCCUAAGAUAUAUAUAUGUGUAUGCAAAGAGAGAAAUCUUAAAUUAAUGCCUUACAAACAAAGAAAAAUUACAUUUAUUUAGCAGGUAAAGCGAGAAGUGACGAUCUAUGUAUGAAAGUAAGCCGGAAGCAUGGGAUAAGAACAAUUUCUUUAGUAUAACUAACUUAAACAUGCCAUAAAUAAGUUGUAACAUUAAGUUUGCAUUUCCCCACUACCACUACCACUCCCCGCACCCAAAACCCUAUCCCACAUAUCCUACCUAGCCACCAUUUCAUAGUACUUAAAACGCUGAACAAAAGACUUGCGAGCAUUUCUUUCUAGAACAUGACAUUAGAAGAAACAAAAACAAAACAAAAAGAAUAAGGACUUGAAUAUUUGGUUAAUAUGUGGACUCCUUGGUUUCCUAUUGGUAAUUCAUAUACUAUACUUAAUCCACAGCCACAAGUAUAAUCUAUGCGUAAGGAUGAACAAAAUGCUCAAUAUACAUUGAUGUUAAACGAAAUUUGAAUGUUUGAAAAGGACGGCCCGCAACUGUUUGGCACUGCUUGACGAAACAGUGUUAGGGAGUACAGCGCACUGGAAAGCGUAUUCCAAGUUGCACAUGCAUCCCACAAAAACACACACAAAUAUGAGAAAUGACAGUUCAAAGAAAAUGCUAAGAAAAACCUAAAUAAAACUAAACUAAAUUAAUGCUAAGUUGUAGAGAAACGACGAGAACUAUGAGAUUGCCAAACAAGAAUGUUCGUUCGUUCACCUUUCGUUCAUCUUUCAUCCCCACUUCCAUCAAACAAAAUGCAAAAAUCGCUCAGUUUUAUGUUGAAAGUAUUUUCGUAUGUAUUGUAAAAACUAAACAAAUUCUAGUAUAGAGAUCUGCAAAUGCAUUAAUCUAAUGGAUAUAUAA